UUCUCAGCCUCAUCCCAUGACUCGACCAAAGAGGAAGGAAGACGUAUGGCCCCGGGUUUGGCUUGCGUGCUUGCAGGACUUGGCUUACCAGUCAUCAUUAGCCUAACCCGCGCACCUCCCCCAUUCGUCUCACCCACCUUUGCAAAAAGGUGUGGUAAGCUAAUCAAUAGGUAUUUAUCAUCAUCAUCAUCAUCAUCAUCAUCAUCAUCACCAUCAUCGCCCUCGCUUUUGGUCGCAGGAAGGAUCAAUGCUCGCAAACUCCGAUCCAACUUACCAUCCAUGGAACCAGGAAACAACAACUGGCUUCCACACAGACCUUCGGAGGAUUACCGGUGCACAAUGCACGGGCAAUACAGCAUCCACUCCACUAACAUUAUCAACACUUCGCCUUCUAGAUUUAUACCCCGUCUCUUAACACAUGAAGUCACACCCCAUGAUUACCUUGAUACCAUCCACUCCAGACAAGUCCACUAAAUCCCACUAUGCGGUCGCUCUGCUCCACACAAUCUGAAAGGUCACUGCAGGUCAGUGAGGGCAUUCCGGAACAUCUGAUUCACUCGUGUACUCUAUCCACUUACCAUUCUUCCACAUCCUUGCCCGCAAGACCUAUAGGAAUUUGUUCCUCUCUCUGUGCCCUCUGUUUAUCUACCUCCUCCUCCUCCUUUUCACCUUUCUUCUUCAUCUGGAAUGUUAUCUAUUGGGAUAUCACUUUUUCUCCUUUUUUUUUUCUUUCCCCUCUCCUGUUUUUCUUACUGCAUUGCCGAGGCUAGCUGGCUGGCUG